AUGUACAGGCAGACAGACGCACACGUGAGCACGCACACACAGGCCAAGUCCUUGUCCUCAGACACAUGCCUCUGCGCACACACGUUCUGGGCCAGGCCCACCCCCUCCUCCAUCCCCUCUGCUGUGCAUCUGGCGUCCCACCCUCCCUCCCGCUCCCUCCCAGCCCAAGGGGACUCGUGGGGGGUGCUCGCCUGCCUGUGCACUGUGCUCUGGCACCUCCCUGCAGUGCCAGCCCUCAACCGCACUGGGGACCCUGGGCCCGGGCCCUCCAUCCAGAAAACCUAUGACCUCACCCGCUACCUGGAGCAUCAACUCCGCAGCUUGGCCGGGACCUACCUGAACUACCUGGGCCCCCCUUUCAACGAACCAGACUUCAACCCACCUCGGCUGGGCGCUGAGACUCUGCCCAGGGCCACUGUCAACUUGGACGUGUGGCGGAGUCUCAACGACAAGCUGCGCCUGACCCAGAACUACGAGGCCUACAGCCACCUCCUGUGCUACCUGCGUGGCCUGGCCCACCAAGCGGCCACAGCCGAGCUGCGCCGUGGCCUGGCUCACUUCUGCACCAGCCUGCAGGGCCUGCUGGGCAGCAUCGCAGGCGUGAUGGCCACCCUGGGCUACCCGCUGCCCCAGCCGAGGCCGGGGAGCGAGCUGGCCUGGGCGCCGGGCCCCGCGCACAGUGAUUUCCUGCAGAAGAUGGACGACUUCUGGCUGCUGAAGGAGCUGCAGACCUGGCUGUGGCGCUCAGCCAAGGACUUCAACCGGCUCAAGAAGAAGGUGCCGCCGCCACCCUCUGCCGCUGUGACCCUGCCCCUGGAGGCCCGCGGCUUCUGAG